UUCAAAAUGUGGUCGGUUGUUAACUUUCAAAAAGACAACACUGUUGAAACUGUACCAUCUUUUUGGAUAAAAAAAGAUAAAUGUGCCUGGCCUAGAAAGAACCCUCCGAUGUUUAUUAAACGUAGGAUAUUGCCUAAUAAAUUUGAUUUUGAAUAUCUAGAUGCAAGAAAAAUAGGCAAGGACUAUGGUAAUAUACUUGAAGCUAAGAGGAAAACAAUAAAAGCUCAAGAUAAUUCUAAUUUGUCAUCUGCCAAUGACGGCAAUGAAGAAAUACGUACAAGACAUCAAAAAAUUAAAAGAAAGUGUAUAGAAAUAGAAAAUAAAGAAAAAUCCAAUGCUUUGUGGGAUAUCGGAUCAGAUACUAAUUCAUCUGAUGAUCAUGGGUAUGAUGAAGAUAAAGAUCCUCCAUAUUCACUAUCUAAAAUGAAAGUUAUUGAGACUUCAUCUUUUGGGAAUAAAUGUUCAGCUGAUACUAUUGAAAGUGAUACUAAUAAUUUAACUCAUUCAUAUCCACAAACAUAUAAAAGAAAAUUAGAAUUUGGCAAUAAAUGCAAAUCUCUAAGUCCAAAAUUAAAUUCUUCUACAACAGUCGAAAAAAACGAUGAUUUAUUGUAUGAUACAAAUCAUGAGAUACUUGUAACAUCUGCAUCCCCAUUCAAGGUAACUACUUCAUCAAAUACUUCCGCAGUUACUAAAGAUAUUGUUACUGAGAUGUCUGAUACCAUAAACAAAAUCAAUAGAACCACACUCAACAUCUGGUAUGAAGUUAAAACUUUCGGUGAGAGACUCGAGAAAUUAGAAAACACAAUUUCUUCAACAAAGAAUCCAGAGGUCGAUAAAAUGAUGGCAGUUACAGAUGAGUUAUUUGACAUUCUUUAUAAAUUACCACUAGAAUCUGAAGAAGAACUGGAAAGUUUCGAGAUGAAAUUAUUGGAAAAUAAUAUUAAAAAUAAAAUGAUGUCUGAAUUAUCGCGGCUUGUACGUCCUACUCUACCAAGCACUGUAAGAGCAAUGUUGAGAUUCCUAUUUAGUGAUUCCUUGUUGAUGAAUUAUAGCUAUAAAGAUCAAAAAAAAAAAAGAUUUUCUCCACAUUGGCUGUUUGUUCAUUAAUCUUUAGUUCAUUAAAAAAGAUUGAAAAAUUUAAAAACAGCAACACCAUUGAUAUUGAAGUUCCAAUUCGAGUGUUUAUCGCUGGUGCCAAGUUUAGGUCAAAAAAACCAACCGAUGAAACUACAAGAGACAAUGAUCUAAUCAUAAAUAUUUAAAUAUAAAAUAAGAAUUUUUCAAAUAUACUCAAAUAUUAUGUUACUUUAAUAUUAUAUUAAUCAUCAUUACUCA